AGGAGGAUGCCCGUUGCCGUAAAACCUCAAAGAAGAAGAUUCUGCAGACGUCACUUCCUGUCUUGCGCAGAAGCGACGUGAGCCAGCUAUGGCGGUGGCGGCGGAGAAAUCAACGAAAGAGCAGCUGCUCUCCGUGUUGGAUGAUUUGGAGGUUUUAUCCCGGGAGCUGAUAGAGAUGUUGGCUCUGUCCAGGAGCCAGAAACUGCCCCAGCCAGGAGAGGACACUCAGAUCCUGGAGCUGCUGGUGCAGAGGGACAGGGAGUUUCAGGAGCUGAUGGAGGUGGCUCAGCAGCAGGGGAAGGUGCACCAGGAGAUGCAGCUGCUGGAGAAGGAGGUGGAGAAGAGAGACAGCGAUAUCCAGCAGCUCCAGAAACAGCUGAAGGAAGCCGAACACAUCCUGGCGACUGCUGUUUACCAGGCGAAAGAGAAACUCAAAUCCAUUGACAAAGCCCGGAAAGGAAGCAUCUCUUCAGAGGAAAUCAUCAAGUACGCUCACAGAAUCAGUGCCAGUAACGCCGUGUGUGCUCCUCUCAACUGGGUGCCAGGUGACCCACGCAGACCCUACCCUACUGACCUGGAAAUGCGCAGUGGGAUGCUGGGUCACAUGGCCAACCUGCCGACCAACGGCGUGAACGGACACCUGCCAGGUGACGCUCUGGCUGCCGGGAGGUUGCCCGACGUCUUGACGCCUCACUACCCCUGGCAGUCCUCGGACGUCUCCGUGGGGAUGCUGCCUCCUCACCACGGCAACGACUUCGGCCUGGAGCCUCCGGGUCACAACAAGGAGAACGAGGACGACGUGGAGGCCAUGUCGACGGAUUCCUCCAGCAGCAGCAGCGACUCCGACUGAAAGACAGCGUCUCUCUCUGUGUGUGUGUGUGUGUGUGUGUGUGUGUGUGUGUGUGUGUGUGUGUGUGUGCGCGUGCGUGUGUGUGGGGUCACCAUUGAGCAACAUCUGAUCAAAUAUCUACACCUUUUAGUCAUUUACAACGUAGGCGAGUGCAAGACUUGCUCCAAACAUAGUGUGCGCGAUUGUUUUAAGGUGAAGCGUUGUGAGCUCGCAGCUCGUCUCUACAGACGUCAGUCUGUCGUUUUAUCUGCCUCUGCCUGUCAGUAACGGAGGAGCUCGUCGCUACAAUGGAAAGAUUGAUUUAAAGACUAAUAUAGAGGAAUGAAAGUCAUUUAUCAUCAUCAUUUCAGCUGAGGUCUUUAGUUCCUCACUAUCUUUUAUUAAAAACGUGCCGUCGUUUAUUUACGUUUUGUAGAAUGAGUCGGUUUUGUAAGAGUAGCUUUUAGUUUUCCUUAUUGUAGAUUCCUUGCGUUCGUAAAGAGGGCUACGUUUCUGUCUGAAGCGGCUAGUAACAGCUUCAGCUUCGGGAGUCGUUUUCUGUGAAUCUCAGCUGACUGAGGAUUGUUGUUGUUUCGUUACUUUGUGGAUCCACAGACUGCGUUCUGGGUCCCGGUGGGCUCAAAGACCAGCGUCGCCAAGCAGUUAAAGGUGUGAAGGCGUCAUCAUCAGCAUCAUCGUAAUUAAACGAGUCGAUCGUUUCUCCCGUCUAGACUUCUACAUGAAGACGUAAUUAGUUUAACUUCCUUCUGAAAGCUGGAACUUAAAGACAAACCAAACUUAAAAUUCGACUUCUCUUGCUCUUUGGUGACCCGUCAGCUGGAACAUGUACUGCGAGUGGUUAUAUAACAAUAUGGACAAAUGCUGUAAAUUUACCUCCGUGUAAAUAAGCUUGUACAUACUCAGCCGUGUAAAUAAAUACUUUUUGAAUUGUG